UCGUGUCUGGCCGGCUCUUCUUCGCUUCGCAGCCUCCUCUUCCUCCUCUUCCUCUUCCUCCUCCUCCUCGGAUACUUCAAUCGCUGUCGCGGAAACCGCAGGCGCUGCUGGCUUCGAUUAGACGCUCCUUCGACGCCCGCGCCUUCGGACGGCGGUGACAGGCGGUGCUUUCCACUGGCAAUUGCCCCCCCCCUCCCUACACACACCCCGGGUCUACUAGCCAGGGGAGCCCUUGACAGCCCGAUCCCUUCUCUCAGCCGGGCGACCCCCUUGGUCUCCUCCCAACUCCCCAAAUCCUCAAUUCUCUGCUUCUCUCAGAUGCUUCGGAUCCACCCGGGAGUGCCUCUGAUCUCCCCUCUUUUGCAACCUUCCUAAAUCUCACCCUCUUUUCUCCCUCCAGCAAAGCUGCCUUCUUGACUUCGCCCCCCUCCAUUUAGAAGACGUGUGGUUCCCCCUUCCUACAGAGGAGUAAUCAACCCCCUCUCCCCAAUCCCCUAACACAGCUCCUAUACCCCCGCCAGCACAAUCCCAGGCCAGACCUCCAGCAUCUAGCAGGUGAGAAGAGUACACUGGGAAUUAUUCUUCCUCUCCCCGGAUCCUUCAAUACACCGGACCAAGUACCCGUCUGCAGUGAUGCGAACCGGCUGCCCCCUGUUGCUGUUCUGCCUGCUGGUGGGGCUUCUGUGCCCCCUUACGCCUCCCCGGGCAGAGGCGCAGUCAGUGUUGACCGACCAUGAAAUUGAGGAGUUCUUGAAAGGUUUCCUGGGGGAGGUCGAUGAAGAGGAUGCAGAAGGCCAGGAGGCUGAGAAAGUGGCCUUGGGUGAGGAACUUCCUGGAAGCCAAAGGCGGUUGGACCCUGCGGAAAAGGACAACGCCCCUGUGGAAGUGGAAGAAGGAGUGCCAGAAAAGGUGAGGGAGAAGCCCAAGAAAGGGAAAAAGGAGAAACCACCCAAACCCACCAAGAAGCCUAAAGAGCGACCUCCCAAGGCCCCCAAGAAGGAGAAGCCUCCCAAGCCCACGAAAAAGCCAAAGGAGAAACGACCAAAGGCAACAAAGAAGCCGAAGGUGAAACUUCCCAAAGCCACGAAGAAACCAUUGGGUGGAAAGAAAACGGAGAGGCCACCUUCCCCCGUCCAACCAUAUGAGGAAGAGGAGAGGUACCACUUUCCAGAAAGGCCGUUGGACCCACCCCCUGCCAGAGAGGAAGAUGGCUAUGAGGUGCCUGAUACAUCCCGAUUUCACUCUCCCUACGAGAGGGAAGUUGAGCGAUCCAGAGUAAAUGAAGAAGGGGGUGAAUCUCUGUUCCCAGAGGAGACGACGGAACCACGAUGGGAUGAGGAACAUGAUCCAACAAGGCAUCAUACUGACCUCUAUGAACCCCCAACAGAGCCACAGGAGCCUGGAAAAAGAGAUGGAAGCCAUGAAAGCCAGCCAGAGUCCCCUGGAGAGCAAGAACCGCCCACGCUGGAUUACAAUGAGCAGAUUGAGCGUGAGGACUACGAGGACUUCGAAUACAUGAGACGCCAAAAGAAACCCGGCAAACCACCAAGCAGAAGGAAACCUGAGAGACCCGUGUUGGAGACAGAGAAGAAGCCAAGGAAGCCUGAGGUGCCGCCCACCCCACCCUUUGAGAGCCAUUAUGAAGAAGGGUUAGAGCUUCCAGAUUAUGGGGAUGUGGACUACGGGCUGCCCCACCAGAAGCCCCAAAUCUACCCCAGCAAAAAAGAAGAGGAAGAUGAAACGGAGACAGAUGACGAGAAGCUCAGACCAAGGACGCCGAAGAAGGGGGACGGAAGCAGUAAGGAGGACAAGGAGGGUGAAACAGAUGAAGACAAAUGGACAGAGGAGAAAAGCAAGGAGCGGAAAGGAAAGCCAAAGAAAGGGAAAAAAUGGGAGACAGAUGAGGACGAGUGGACUCCAGAAGAGAAAAUAAAGUGUCCUCCCAUCGGGAUGGAAUCCCAUCGGAUUGAGGAUGACCAGAUCUUGGCUUCCUCCAUGCUGCGGCACGGCUUGGGAGCCCAGCGUGGACGCCUCAACAUGCAGACUGGGCCCAAUGAGGACGAUUAUUUUGAUGGUGCUUGGUGUGCAGAAGAUGAUAGCCGCGUACAGUGGAUCCAGGUGGACACGAGGAGAACCACCAAGUUCACAGGCGUCAUUAUCCAGGGCCGCGAUGCUCCCCUUCACGAGGACUUCGUCACCACCUUCUAUGUGGGCUUCAGCAAUGACAGCCAGAAUUGGGACAUAUACAGCAAUGGCUACGAGGAAAUGCUUUUUUAUGGGAAUGUCGACAAGGACACCCCUGUGAUGACUGAAUUCCCAGAGCCGAAGGUGGCCCGCUUCAUUCGGAUCUACCCACUGACCUGGAAUGGUAGCCUUUGCAUGAGGCUGGAGGUGCUGGGCUGCCCUCUCUCCAGCAUCAACAACUAUUAUACCCUGCAGAAUGAAGUGUUGACUUCAGUGGACAACCUGGACUUCCGCCAUCACAACUACAAGGACAUGAGACAGCUUAUGAAGGUGGUGAAUGAAGAAUGUCCCACCAUCACCCGCAUCUACAACAUUGGCAAGAGUUCCCGAGGACUUAAGAUCUAUGCCAUGGAGAUCACUGAUAACCCAGGAGAGCAUGAACUAGGAGAACCUGAGUUCCGCUAUACAGCUGGAAUCCAUGGCAACGAGGUAUUAGGACGGGAGCUGGUGCUAAUGUUGAUGCAGUUUAUGUGCAAGGAGUACAAGGAUGGGAACCCGCGUGUUCGGAACCUGGUGACCGAGACCCGCAUUCACCUUGUCCCAUCACUCAACCCUGAUGGCUACGAGAUUGCCAGUCAAACGGGCUCUGAGCUGGGAAACUGGGCCCUGGGACACUGGAGCGAGGAAGGCUACGAUAUCUUUGAGAACUUCCCUGAUCUCAACAGCAUCCUCUGGGCUGCAGAAGAGAGGAAAUGGGUACCGCACAAAGUCUCCAACCACCACAUCCCCAUCCCGGAGCAUUACCUUGCAGAGGAUGCUGCAGUGGCCGUGGAGGUGAGGGCCAUCAUGGCCUGGAUGGAAAAGAUCCCGUUUGUUCUGGGCGCCAACUUCCAGGGUGGGGAGAAACUGGUCUCCUACCCCUUUGACAUGGCUCGCCCUGUCAAUGAGAAUGAAGUCGCUCCUCAGCGCCCGGGGGACUACGAAGAGGAGAGCCCAGAAAUUCAGGAGACUCCAGAUCACGCCAUCUUCCGGUGGCUGGCUAUUUCCUAUGCCUCGGCUCACCUCACCCUGACCGAGACCUUUCGUGGGGGCUGCCAUUACCAGGAUAUGACCAGCGGGAUGGGAAUUGUCAGCGGUGCCAAGUGGCACCCACGUGUUGGCAGCAUGAAUGAUUUCAGCUACCUCCACUCCAACUGUCUGGAGCUCUCCAUCUACCCAGGGUGCGACAAGUUUCCCCAUGAAAGUGAAUUGCCGCAGGAGUGGGAAAACAACAAAGAAUCCUUAUUGACCUUCAUGGAGCAGAUACACCGGGGCAUUAAGGGUGUGGUCACAGACCAGCAGGGAGACCCCAUUGCAAAUGCCUCCAUCUCUGUUGGGGGGAUCAACCACGACGUGCUAACAGCAAGUGGCGGGGAUUACUGGCGCAUCCUGAACCCUGGCGAAUACCGUGUCACCGUCAGGGCCGAUGGCUAUAAUCCCAGUGUCAAAACAUGCAACGUCUUCUACGACAUCGGCGCCACCCAGUGCAACUUCAUCUUGUCGCGGUCCAACUGGAAACGCAUCCGAGAGAUCAUGGCCAUGAACGGGCACCGGCCGAAUGGGAGGCCGCUGAACGGCCGACCCCUGACCCCCAAGGAUUGGAUGCGCUGGAGGCUGAGGAUGCGUCAUAGAGCUCGCCUGCGCCAACAGAUGCGCAACCGGCAACGGAAACCCACGACCGCUCCUCCCACAACCACAGAUUUCCCCUUUUCGUUCAGCAGCACCACGCUCCUGCCGUGGAGCCGGGAGGCUCCUACUGCCGAAACGGCCACCACCUGGGAGACGGAGAUCUACACAGAGACGGUGACGGAGUGGGAGACUCUGACCGAUGAUGAAGUCACAGAGGGAGAGACCAGGGAGGAGACCACGGGCACGCCUUUUCCCAUGACCACUGCAGAGAUUUACACGGUCAACUUUGGCGAUUAGUCAGCUUGCUAUGACUGUGGUCCAGGAACACUUAAGACACUCCCUAAAGUUUGCCCCACCUUCCUUGGGGCAGCUGGCUAUAUCCAUUGAUCAUAGUACACGUAGGCACCCUCAUCUGCUCUUAGAACCCACCAAGAAAUCCAUGGCUUUGAGCAGGGUCCAACAGCCAUAGCAUGUACACCGUCUCUCUCUCUUUCUCUCUCUUAAAACACAUCCAUCUCUGCCUUGGCUAUAACAGCUCAGCUUUCUUUCAAGGCUUACUGCUCCAAUCCUACAAACAACCCAACGCCUGCGAAAGGGGAAUUUGAUGCAAGCAAGCUACAUAGCCGAUUCAGAAACAAGAAAACCAGCCGAGAAUAUAAUCCUCACCCAUGGCUGGCUUUGUAUCAUAUUGUUGUUCUCUCCUCCACUCUGCUUCACUGACCUCACAGGACUCUUGAUCGUAUGGCUUAGGAUUUGGGGAAGGGGAUCUAGAUUGCUGUGCGCCCCCUCCGAAAGUCAUUGGGAUAAUUAAGCAUGUCAGGCAGUCUUAUGUGUACACAGUUGUCCCUUUAAAAUCAAUAGAUGUGAACACACUUAAAUGUGCUGGAUUGCUGCCUUAUUUUUAUUUUAAGAAGUGGGGCAUGCAAAAUGCAGAGAUUUGGUUCCAGUUUUGUUAGAGCCUUGAAAGAAUUCUUUAAAAUAUUUAGGUCAGGGAUGGUAAUUGAUCCCCAAGUGCCAGGAGGAGUUUAGGAAAGGACUUAGGCCUGUAAUGAGUUAAGUUUCAUCCAUCUGUCUGAAAUGCCAGCCAAGAUUACGUUUCUAAAGUCUUUAUCAUCAAUGAGACUCUCUUUCAGUUUUUAUCUCCAUACUCAUAAGGACUAGAAACAUGAUAGAUUUCAGAGUGACAUCCAGCAGUCUGACCUUCACACCAUUAUCCCAGCUAAAGUCUCUAACCCAGUGUGCUGCGGUUCUGCCAUCCCUGAAGCUGUCACCUCCAGCAACCAAGAGAGGGGAAAUUCAUGUUUGCCAGCUCCAGUACUUGCAAGGUAAUGCUCAAGCCACAGCUGCCCAGGAGGCAGUGCAACCUUGAGCCCUUCCAACAGUUCUUGUUAUUGGAAUAAAGUGAGUUAUAUAUAUAUAACAAGAGGUAU